AUGUCCAAGUUCUUCAUUCCGUUGGCUCUCCUCUUCUGCCUGGGCUUUCAUUUCACCGUAAUUUCGGCUAAAGUUGGCGCCCUUCCCCCAUCAUCAUCGUCUUUAUCUGGCUCUGCUCUGAUCCGAAAAGCAUGCCAAGGCGUCAAUGAAUGCGUUUCGAUUCUAGAAUCCGCGCCAGAAAACCAAAAGGCUGAUGCAAACGGACUUAUAUUCUUCGCCCUCCGAUUCGCCGAAGAUCAGUCGGCAAAUUUCACCCAGUCCAUCGUGUUACUUACUGCACAACCAGAUCAGGCUCCAAUGUUGCAAUCCAGUCUCACCGAUUGCAUCGAUCAAUUAAAUCCGGUCGGAGAUCUCAUCGAAGAUGCAAUCAACGCAGUUUUUGCUGGUGUAUACCGGGAUGCAAUCAAAUUUGUCGAGGCUGCAUUUGGGGACGUUGAUACUUGUAGUACGUUGCUUAAUAAUAGAAUUGCCGACAAGAGUGAUCCAGAAGUUCAUGUUGAAUUGCCGGACAACGUCUUGGCCCUCAGUUCUUCUUUGAAUAUCACAUUGUCAGCUGCCUUGAAUUUGCUCAAGGCGUAG